AUGAGCCCUGACAGUAAAAAACUUAUAGACUUACCAGAAGAAUGCAUUCGUGAAAUUUUAACCUUCGUCAAAGACGAUAAUAAGAGUCUUUAUAGUGUGUUGUUGGUCAACAAAUUAUUACAUGAUAUUGUUUUACCCAUGAUAUGGAAAAACCCUCCCCUAACACGUGAAUCUGUAGUCAAAAAAUACCUCAACGAAUUGAACGAGGAAGAACAAACAAUUCUUAUACCAUUGAUGGUCAAUUUGCCUCCCACCCGACCUCGUCCAAAAUGUGCAUCGCAUUUGGUGGGGCUCAACCUGCACGACUUAAACGUUGCCUGCAUAAGACUGUUAGCCACUCAAGAACGCUUCUGCGAAUGCGGCGAAUUAAGAAUUGUCUCCAUAAUG